UCCACGCAAUCGAGUUGCGAAAAUUCGUAUCGAAUUGAGUCAGAGAUGUAUGAUCCGGAGGCAGAGUCGGAUGACGAUUGCGAAGUUUACUUCCUGAAGCCUGUGAACGAGUAUAACAUUGUAGACAAGAUUAAGGAGGCCAACAAACAGCUAUUUUCGCUGUACGAAGAUGAUGAUAAUGUCGGUCAGCUAAGUGGCAGCAUUGCCCCCAACCGUAAGGUAACCUUUGCACUCAAUCUAGAAAAUUACGAGCCCGUACAGCAGCAGUCAACCCAGGAAGAACAGUAUAGUCCGUCCUCUGAGAUGUUGCAGAAGUUGGCGGAGCUGACGCUUCAAACCGAACGCGAGCGAUUUGCACCGAUCGAGGAGGAGCCUACAAAUGAACUAACGAAGAUGGAUAUGGAGCAGAAUGCAGCAAAGCCAGAUUUGGAGGAGGAAAUAUGCGAGGAAAUUUUAGAUCUUACAGAAGUAGAAAACAGCAACAGUCAAAGCAAACAAUCUGCUCCAGCCGUUCUGCCUGCCAGCAUGGACUACGGGGACGAUGACUUCUCUGGCGUGGAUGAGGAUGAUCUGACGGCUGCUACAGAGACGCUUGCCAGAGACACACAAAAACUCCGCGUAACACGUCAGAACACAUUCGAUUUGAAUAAUGAGUAUAUGGAAGAGGAGUUGGACCAGAGGAGUUUAACCAAUUUGCUAACUGAGUCCGAUUGCGAGGAAGAUGAGCGCGUUGUGAACGAGGCGCGCAUCAAGCUGCGACAAGCAUAUAAAAGUUUGUAUAAAACAUUAGAUGUUCGAGGGCAGGAGCAGAUUAGUCGUCUAACUGGAACCAACAAUGUGAAUGAGGAUGUACAAGAGGAUGACCUCUCCGUUAUUGUGGCCAGUUAUAUACCCGAAGAUUUUGAGCUGGACGAACACAGCGUAUAUUACAAAAAAGAAGACGGCGCAGAGCAAAACCUGAGCACCAGUACCAACACCAAGACAUUCUUUAAUGCCCGCCGCUUUAGUUUUCGCCGUCGCCCCAGAGCCACACCGAUAGCAGCAUCUACAGUUGCAAACGUGCCGGAUCUUAAGAAAAACUAUAAGCUCUGUUGUGAGCACCGUCAUGCACUGCAGAAAGAGAAGUUACCUCGUUACACAGGCUAUAUGUCCGAGUAUGGGCUGAGUGCAAGGCAGCUGCAGCAACGUGAGCAACAGCUGCGACGCAAGCAACGCAAUGCCAUGGAACAGACGCUGAAUCGAAACGAACAUGAACUUAAGAAAAUGCAAGAUAAUGAACGCGCCUUCACAACAUGGCUCAAGAACAAAAUGCGCUAUCCCAUCAACAAGACACGAAACAUGUUUGAUUCAACUCGCAGACGAGGAACUGUAGCAGCUGUGACCAGUCCAAAUGCCCACCCGAAACGAGAGCCGGAGCAGGAGUUGCGCUCGAGUCGCAGACGUGACAGCUAUGACGUGCAUGGUUAUCGUCAUCUUUUGGGAAGCUGGAACAAAUAA